AUGUUUGCGGGUCGUGCGGGUACUGCGAUGACCCCCGGCCUGGGGGCGGGGCCGAAGGGGGCAAAGUUAACCGUGAACGACCUCUACGGCUUCAACAGCAGGAAGCCCAAGCCGUCGGGGGUUGCGGAGGUCUUUGGGCGGUUUGCGUCACGACCCCGCGAUGCUCAGGGUCAAGGUCAGGCUCCGAGUCAGGCUCAGGGUCAGCAGGGUUGCCGUGACGACCUCUCCUCUCAGAUCCUUGAGGUGGCCCGGAGGCUGAUGGAGAAGCGGAGACUGGAGCUCUACCUGAGAGAGUGCGACCUGUCCGUCACAGACAGCACCGCCCACCUCACCAACAUGCCGUACAGGAAUCUGGGGAAGUGUGGCUUAAGAGUGUCUUGUUUGGGACUGGGUACCUGGGUAACGUUUGGGUCUCAGGUUUCUGACGAGGUGGCAGAGAGUGUGUUGACUGUAGCGUAUGAGAACGGUGUGAACCUGUUCGACACAGCGGAGAUCUACGCCUCAGGAAGGGCAGAGACCGUCCUGGGCAGCAUUGUAAAGAAGAAAGGGUGGAGACGCUCCAGCUUUGUAAUCACCACCAAGAUCUACUGGGGUGGACAGGCAGAAACAGAGAGAGGUUUGUCCAGGAAGCAUAUUAUUGAAGGUCUCCGUGGGUCUCUGUCCAGGUUACAGAUGGACUAUGUGGACAUUGUCUUUGCAAACCGCACAGACAUCAACACCCCCAUGGAGGAGGUGGUGAGGGCCAUGACCUUCGUGAUCAAUCAGGGCCUGGCCAUGUACUGGGGAACCUCACGCUGGAGCGCCAUGGAGAUCAUGGAGGCGUACUCCGUAGCGAGGCAGUUUAAUCUGGUUCCUCCGGUGUGUGAGCAGGCGGAGUAUCACUACUUCCAGAGAGAUAAAGUGGAAGUGCAGCUCCCGGAACUCUACCAUAAAAUUGGUGUAGGAGUGAUGACCUGGUCUCCUUUAGCCUGCGGCCUGAUCACAGGAAAAUACUGCGACGGAGUGCCGGACACGUCCCGCGCCGCUCUGAAGGGGUACGAGUGGCUGAAGGAGAAGGUUCAGAGUGAUGAAGGUCGGAGGCAGAUGAUGAAGAUUAAGGAGAUAAACACUGUGGCAGAGCGACUGGGCUGCACCGCCGCUCAGCUCGCUAUAGCAUGGUGCAUGAGGAGUGAGGGAGUGAGCUGUGUUCUGCUCGGCGUUUCAAGCACAGAACAGUUACUCGAGAACCUCGGAGCCAUCAAGGUUCUGUCUCUUUUAACUCCUGACCUCGUUGCGCAGAUGGACUCUGUUCUGGGAAACACGCCACAGUCCAAGAAAGAAACACGCCGCUAAAAGAGAGAGAGAGAGAGAGAGAGAGAGAGAGAGAGAGAGAGAGAGAAAGAGAGAGAGGGAGAGGGAGAGGGAGAGAGAGAGGAAUAGAGAGAGAAAUUUCAUCAGGGAGGAGAGAGACUCAGUCUUCUCCUUUAAACUAACUUCACUGUGAUAAUAUAAGAGCUUACAGUAAUAUAUGUGUAUCUGUUUAUUAUGAUCAUCCAGACAUCAUCACAUUUAUGCAAAUUAUUUAUGUUUACGGCAUUCAGUAGACACUCUUAUCCAGGGCGACUUACGGAAGGGCUUUGUUGUCCACUCUGAGAAUGUACCCUUCAGCUCAAACACUGCCCGAAAACAAAAGCCAGAGCCGAAACACAAAAAGAUACAGAGUUAAACACAACACA